AUGGCAACCCACUCUAGUAUUCUUGCCUGGGAAAUUCCAUGGACAGAGGCACCUGGAGGGCUACAGUCCAUGGGGUUGCAAAGAGUUGGACAUUACUGGGUGACUGAGCACACACACGGUGGAAAAAGCAUGACCAAGAAUAUAUUAUACAAGGAUCCAGAAGAGUAUAAAGGAAGAAUGUUUUUAAGACUAGCCCCUCAUUGUUGGUUCAGUUUUUCAUAUAAAGAAGCGGACUUAAUCUUCAUAGAUGACCUUUCUCUUUCAGGUACAGAUGGCCCCCAAUUUCAUAUCUUUCAAUUCAGCAUGGUUAACCUUCUCAAUCAAGCAAUUUAA